GAUCCUGCGGCAAGUUCUGCCGCCUUCAUGAUCUUAGUUGCUUGCGGAGUGUGAUGCGGACGCGAUCGGGUAGAACAAGAUGUUCAAAUUUGUGUGUUUCCAAGUGUUAAGUUUCCUGUACUUGUCCCAGAAUGUUCUCCCCCAGGCAACCUACCAGUGUGGAAUCAGGCAACAUGGGUUCCUCCCACUGAUCAGCAAGGGAUGGCAAGUGGAAGAAGGUCACUGGCCGUGGCACGUGGCCGUGUUUCAAAGAUACAAGGUUCCAAAGUUCACCUAUGGGUGCGGAGGAACUUUGGUCAACGAGAGGCACGUUCUGACAGCAGCUCAUUGCGUCGUCAAACAACACGCUAAACAUUCGUUGCCCGCGCUUUUCUACGAGAUCGAGCUUCAUUUCGGUCAGCAAAACCUGUCGAAGGUGACCGAUAACGUUGUGAUUCGUGACGUUAGCAAGGCUCAUGUGCACCCGGACUAUAAACCCAAUGCGAAUGAUAUCGCUGUGUUGGUGAUGCGAUUGCCAGUAGAAUACUCCGACACUGUGGUUCCGAUUUGUCUGGAUCAAAAAGUGGAACGAGAUUUGCGAGAACUGGAAGGGCAACGUGGUUGGGUCACUGGGUGGGGAAAGACGGAGGAUGGAAUUGUGUCUGAAGUGCUCAGGACGACGUCACUUCCGGUGGUUAGCUACGUGCAGUGUCUGAGAGAUGAUCCGGUUCUGUUUGCAAAUAUUUUGAACGAAAAUGUAUUCUGCGCCGGAAAUAGAAAUGGAACCAGUCCCGGGCAAGGUGACAGCGGUGGAGGCAUGUACAUCAGUGAUGGCGAUCGUUGGAUACUCAGAGGGAUCGUUUCGUUCGGAAAGAUAAAUGAGCUAUACAAAACUGUCAACCCAUACAAGUACACUGUGUUUGUAAACGUACAACCGUAUCUGACUUGGAUCAAGGAGAUUUUCGCUGAAAGUGAGCCUCGCCGAGAUACCAGACAGAAGCGGAUCAGCGAGCUAGAAUGCGAGAGAUUCCAAAGUUUGUCAAAGAAACGACGUAACGGGGAUUGCCUAAACAAUCGAUACCGGCACGAUGUGAUGUUGGUUGGGCCUGACGGCAAAUUGAUUUGCAAUGGAGCGUUAGUGGAGGAAUCCCAUGUCGUAACAACUUGCAGCUGCAUUCGGGAUUCCCUGGAUACGCACUAUCGACCGGCAAAAGUGCGAAUUGAAGCAUACGGAGAAGUGGCCAUUACGGAAAUGGUCUGUCACCCGAAGCACGCCGACCGCAGCCAUCACUACGAUUUAGCCAUUCUCAAAUUGAACGCAACUGUCCUUCUCAGCAAUAGCCUGAUCCCGGCUUGUUUGGCGAACAACUGGACGGAAAAUCUGUACGACAUCCUUGUCCAGACGUCCUUCGUUACCGAAUCGCUAGUUUCAGAUCAUAUGACGCUGGUCGAGACGGACGAGAACAGAAUUUCGUUGUAUGAAGUGUGCGACUCCCUACGUGGAUCAACCCGGUGGUUCAACCGGUCCGACCAAACCGGUGAACUGUGCGUCAUCAGUUCCGACCAGUUGAUAUACGAAACGUACCCCGUGUUGAGGCAUAGUUCAUCGUCCGGGGCAAUACUGCAGACGUCCAACAGGCGAUCCUGCAUGUCGACAAUAGUCGGGCUGAAGGUGUCCAACGAGGGGGGGAACGGAAUUCCGGAUCGGUUUUCGGUUGACAUCUAUGCUCGAAUCUCCUCGCACGUGGACUGGAUCGAGCAGAUCAUCUGGAAUGUGCAACCCAAAGUUGACGCAUUGUUGCCUUCCCUGGACGUCGAUUUCGAGUGCGGAGUAUAUGACCACGAAGGCUGGAACGACGAAUGGCCCUGGAGCGUAGCAAUUUUCCACCGGAAUCCGAGCACUGGUGCUUCCACACUAACAUGCAGCGGUACCCUGAUCAGCCUGAAACACGUUCUGACAACGGCCGAGUGUGUCGUGAAUCGCACCACCGGGAUACCGUUGCCCGAGGAAGCAUUUGAACUGCACUUUGGCCUGUACCACUUGGAUCAACGGAAUGUGAAUGAGCAAGUACGAUACGCCAGCGAAGUUCACGUCCACCCGGAGCAUUCCGUUAACAACGUAGCGAUACUGGUCACCAACUGGACAGUUAGGAGUCCACCCUAUGUGUCGCAAAUCUGUAUCGUUCCAGAGAACAACGCGGACUUCUGGAACUUGGAGGGUAAACGGGUCUACGUCACUGGGUGGCAAACUGUGGAAACCGGCAAUCCCAACAAUGAUCACCAGUCUUGGAGCAUCCAUAUCCUAGGUCGAGAAGCGUGUGACGAAGUCUCUUUGAGUCUACUGGGGAAUCAGUCAACUCCGGGGCAAUACUGUUCGGACUAUCCUUAUGAAGACGAUUUGAGCAUUGCUGAUCGCGGAUCAGGACUAUACCAUAGGUAUCUGGAAGGUCCUUUGCUUGGAAUUUGGGUUUUGGCCGGCAUGGUUUCAUCAGAAGUGAAAGGUAAUGAUACCGAUAGGUACACUAUGAUUGUCAGUCUGCAGCCGUACAUCAAGUGGAUCGACGGAAUCCUUACCGAUAGGAAAACUCGAAGAAUUAGCGAAAGAGAGUGCGAUCGUUUCAACAGUAUGUCCCAAAAAGCCAGCGGAGUUUGUGAAAAUGCUGGGAGCACUAUCGAUGGAAAUCCACCCCAUGUUGUCAAACUCCUGAACGAAGAUCGAAAAUUCGUUUGCCUUGGAGUACUUGUGGAGGAAAGUCACAUAUUGACCUCUUGUCAAUGCACACGGCAUCCACAUAGACCGACAAAAGCUGAAAUGAGCAAUCACAGCGUAUUGGAUGUUUCAGGAAUAAUCUGUCAUCCAGACAAUAAUCCUGAAAACUUUUAUAGUGAUGUGGCUGUGCUAAAACUGGCAACACCAAUUCAAGUUACCAGUCAACUGAUCCCGGCUUGUUUGGCCAACGCUCGGACGGAAAAACUCAAAGACGCCAUGCUGCAAACCUUGCUCGUAAGGAGCUUAGAUUCGAAAAAACCCUCUCCACAAUCCAAGUACGAGUACAUCGGUACAGAAGAAGAAUGCGACAAAAUACUGCCCCCUCAUUACAAGGACCAGUUCUUCACACCGAACCAGGCUUGUGUGAUCAGCCCCCGAUUGGAAGCGGACCAAUUCAAUGGCAGUAUUGUGCAGUCUGUAGACAGUCGCGCUUGCAGUUUCACAGUGGUUGGCAUUGGAAGCAGCGCGGUGGACAACUCGGACCUCGGUUCGAUUCCGAACAUUGGCAUUGUCAAUCGUGUUGCCCUCGCUCUGGAUUGGAUCGAGGAGGUUGUCUGGGAAGAAGAGUUCCCGACUCGGCCAAACUGGACGUUGGUAGAGAAAGUGACAUCUGGCGCUGCUGCUGGAAGGUCAUACGACCCAUUAGAGCAUUUAUAUAUCGUAGUAUCUCCACUUUUAUUGAUCAAUUGUUUGCUUAUCUUUUAGUCACUUUUUUAUGAAAAAGAUAUAUUGUUCAU